AUGGUAAAGGUGCAUGCCGACGCGUCCAACUUUGUCUCCAAUGUGAGCAAGCAGGAGGCUUACACUCAAGUUCUGGAACAAGCAAGAGGAUUGUUUUAUGAGCAGAGGAAUUGGGUAAGUCUUUUCUGUUCAUCUCUUCUUUUGACCAACUAUCGCUAUCAACCAUUACAUGUUGUCAUGACUCUCAACUAUGCUCCACGCAAGCAAAAAAUCAUUCAUGCAAUCGCUUUGAUGUCUCGUACACAGCAACAGCAUCGUGUUUUGUCUGGUAACCACAUCACCCUGCCACCACUUCCGUCCUCCCACAACCCACUAACCACCCAAACCCACAGUAACCUCUCCAAUGCCGCCUCUCUCCUCUGGCACGCCCUCCACGCUCUCCCUUCUCCCUCUUCUCAGACCAACUGGGCCGGUUUCUACGUUCUUGACCCUUCUUCCUCAACCAACCAAUUGAUCCUUGGACCCUUUCAAGGCAAAGUAGCUUGUCAGACCAUCAGAUUUGGCAGAGGUGUUUGUGGCACUGCCGCUAGCACCAAGACCACGCAACUAGUGGCCGAUGUAGAGGAGUUCCCUGGACAUAUUGCUUGUGAUGCUGAGAGUGCUUCUGAGAUUGUUGUUCCGAUUCUGCAAAGUGGCAAGGUGAGUUUUCCUGUUCUUCUUUCUAGNGUUGUUGCUAUUAUCGAUGUCGAUUGUGCCGUCAAGAACGGCUUUGACGACGAGGACAAGAAGUACUUGGAAGAGCUCGCAGAACUCAUCGCCGAGUCCUGCGACUUCUGA